AUGUUUAAAAUUACAUAGACUCAAAUUUUGGAAUGGGUGAAGGAUGGCAACGCUGAAACCCUGAGCACAUUCUUUGAAUCAAGUCUCCAACAAAAUCAGAAUGGAUUGAACUCGUUUUUCAAAAUGGUUGACAAGGAGAAACGAAAUGUAGUGCAUUGGGCUGCUUAUUUGGGCCAAUCGGCAUUGCUAGAGAAAUGGCUGUCAUAGCAUUCAUAAAUUAUUGACCUCAACCAGGUUGAUCUACACCACUACACUGCCGUGGAACUUGCUAGCAUAAAAGGUUUUAUGAAGGAAUAUAAUUCUUAAGUUCAGUUUAGGUUGAUCAAGUUGCUUCUUGAUCAUAAAGCCAAAAUGCCUACUGAGAACAAACACAAAAGAGCCAAUCCAUUGCAUUGGGCAUACUAUUAUGGAAACUUGGAGUUAAUUGAAUUUCUCUUAUCCAAUUACCAGGAUCUGCAAUAUCAAUUAGACUAAUUUGACAUGUAUCCAAUCGAUUACUUGUUUCUGGAAAACAGACCCGAGGAAUAUCAAAAAAAAUACAAGGCGAUAUUUGUGAAGACUGUGUAAGAGUACGCCUUUAAAAACGACGGUCAUCAAUUCAAGACUAUUAGGAAUUUGAACACUCAAAGAACUAUAGCCUUGGGAUCCUUGUAGAUCAAAUCAAAUAAUCUGGAAAACCCAGUUAUGAUCAAUGAUUAAAACUAGAAUUAGAAUUAGAAUUAGCUCCUUCUGAAAGAGCCAGCAAAUGAGUUGGAAAGCAUAGAUUAAGAUAAAAUCAAUUAACAUCUGCAAUGCGGAUAAACAGCAAUGACCUUAAUGUCAAAAAUACACCAAACUAGUACAACCUAGCAAAAGAGGGAUUCAAUCAGUUCCAGAAUUAGUUAAUAAUUCAAAUCCAUCCAGGAGAGAAUGAAGAAAUUACCUAGUAAAUACGUGCAGAAUGAACUCCCCUUUGAAGAUUCUUAAUAGGAUUUUCAUGAACCUGAAGCAGAGAAGAUUCCGUCAGUAAAAAUUAUCUAACCAACAAACACAAUCUUCUCGGAUCCUCAUCAAAACAUUACGGAAAACAUUGAAAAUCCCAUUACUUCUAAGAAUGAUAUAGAGAGUGAGCGAAAUCAAUUUAGAGUCUUGUUAUAAUCAGACGAUGAAUUUGGUAGACUAUUCAAGUCUAACAAUAUACCUUCUCGAUCUGAAUAAUCUAAAUGCAUGGUUUCACAAUAUUUAUAAUCAUAAGUUCCUUCUUAAUUUGGAAGACAAUUAUCCCAAGAAAUGCAAGCAUCACAAGAUGACUAUCGACCUUCAAUGAAUGAUAUCAGGCCUUCGAUGAAGGAUAUUUAAAGAGUAAGAUCUGUGAGACCUUCAUUGAAAAGACCUGGAUAGAAGUUGAUAACUAGGAAAAGCACCACCUUUAAUGAGACCUACACUAUCUACCAUUACACAAAGAGCCAGACGAAGAAAUAGUUAUUUGAAUGCAGAUUGCAGUUUUGGUCAGCCAGAAUUGAAUCAACAGAAUUCUUUAGUUAUUUUUUGAAACACAAAUGCAACCCAUUUUUAAUUUAAUAUCAAGGAUUCAAUUGUCUCCACAUUGCUGCCAACAAAGGGAAGUAUGAGAUUCUAAAAUAAAUCUUGGAAAGUGAAUACGAGUAUCAGGAAUUAAAAGACCUUUUAACAUUGCAUAGAUCAAUCACUGUAGGACAAUUCUCAAAGACAUACAUUAAAAAGGACAUAUUUAACAAGGUCGAAGCAUUUAAUAUGAUGACUGAAUAGAAUCCUUCUAAUGCAUUGCAUUUAGCUAUUGAGAUUAAUAAUUUCAAGUGCAUGAAAAUCUUAGUAGAACACGGCGUUUCAAUGGAUGUUUUGAAUCAUCGUUGCUUGAUGCCAAUAGAACUGACAUUCGAUGAAAAAAUGGUGAAGUACUACGAGAAUCACUAUCUCAAGGGGAAGGAGCAGAGUUUCAAUCUGAUGGGAUACAUGUAUGUCAUUUAGACUUCUGGGAAUUAGGACAUAUGUUAGGACAUUGUAUUGUUGUAAUUAUAGAAUAUCAGGCAGUCAUUCUAGCAAAGAAAUAUGGAAUUUGAAUUCCUCAUAAUAAAUACUCCAAAUUAUAAGUAUAUGUAAAAUGGAAAAGAGCAUUGUGUGAAGCAUCACUAUUAUGUGGUCAAGUUGUCAGCAGACACAAUCUACAAGUUGGCAGAUAUCUAUUAGAUUGAAUGCUAUCACUUUACAAAGAAGCAUUUAACGAAAUUUAAGUAUGGAGAUUAUGGUCAUUUUGAAUUCCCAAAACCAUUGUAAAUUCAAUAACUCAUCAUUAAUGUGUUAAAUGAGGAAUUUGAUUUGGAAAAGUUUGUUUUGGAAGGUUUGGUGACUUCCCAUUUUCCUUUGGAGGACAGUUCUAAGUCAUUAAAAGUUAAUGAAAUGUGGAAGGAUCUUCAAUACAAUUGCAUUAGAGAUACUAUCAGAAUAAAGACUCAUUAGAUCGCCUUGAGACCUUUGAAUUCAAUAGCAUCAUACUACGGACCUGUUAUUGCUUGGUACAUAGCCUUUAAUGUGUAAAUAGUGGGAUGGUUGAUUAUACCGGCUUUGGUUGGAUCAGCAAUCCAAUUAUAUCAAUUGAUUGCUGAUAAAAUUCACGCUGCGAUUCUGCCAUCUUAUGCUUUAUUUAUGUCUUUAUGGGCUACUCUAUUUAUGGAGAAGUGGAAGAACAGAGAAUCAGAACUCAAAUACAUUUGGGAUAUGCAUAAGUUUAAGUAGCAGGAGCCUCAGAGAGUCAUGUACACAGGACUUUAUACAGUUGAGCCAUGCACAAGCAAAAUUGAAGUGUAUGACUCUUUUACAACAUUCAAGAGGAGAAUGAUAGCUGAGUUUCCUGUGAUUUUGUUGGGGUUUUCAAUAAUUUUGGUGAGUUUUUUGGCAUUCAAUCAAUGGCAGGGGUAACAGGAUCCUUAAAGUGUGUAUAUGCCCAUAAUUAUUAAUUCAUUGAAUGGGGUUAGUAUGACUGUUUUAUGUGAUCUAUAUAAGCGUCUAUGCAAAUAUGUGGUGAAUUGGGAGAAUCAUAGAUUUAAUUCUGAGAUGCAGCAUUCUUAUGUUUUAAAAGUAUUUUUGUUUGAAUUUUUGAUAUCUUACAUUUCAGUAGUUUAUGCUGUGUUAUUUAAAACUGAUUAGACAUAAUUAGCAUUAUCAGUGGCUAGUAUAAUUAUUACAAGAGGUUUGAUUUCUAAUUUAUAAAGUAAUUGUCUACCCUAUCUAUUAUAUAAAUAUUUGAAGUGGGGUCUGAGGGAUCAAUUUGAAACGUUUUAGGUUUUCAAGGAAUAAUUCAAGAUUUGUGAUAUGUAGUAUGUGAAGGAGAAAUUGAAAUAGGCUCAGUAGAUCGAGUUCAUGAAGUUGAUGGAAGACAGCAAUAACAAAUAGCCAUAGAAGGACUUGUAUGAGGAGUAUACGAACAUUGCGAUACAAUUUGGAUACACGACUAUGUUUUCGCCUGCUUUUGCUGCAGCCCCUUUAUUUUUCCUGUUGAAUCAAUUUAUUAAUUUGCAAUUUUCAAUAUCAAAUUAUCAGAGAGUUCUAAGGCGAGAAAGAGCAUAAGCUGCUGACUCGAUUGGCAUUUGGUUGUCCAUUUUUGAAUUAAUGAAUUACUGUUCCACCUUCAUGAAUUGUCUGGUCAUAGGGAUAGUGAAUAAGGCUGAGUUUGAAGGAUUGAUAGGAGACAGCAAUCCACUGAUAUAAGUGUUGGUGUUGGCAGCUAUUGAACACAUGCUAUUAUUAGUAAAAUACUUAUUAGGGAUAAUGAUUCCGGAUUGUCCAUAUUGGGUUUCAAAGGAGUUGAGAAAGUAUGCAUAUUUUGAGGGAUAGAGUGCUAAAAUUCAUGAUGAUAGUGAGAUUAUUUUUUGA